CAUUCCACCUAAAGCAUCAAUGUUUUAGCUGCCAAACUAAGCUCGAUGCCGCCAAAGGGAACCAUCGGCCAGUUCUUUGGGGCUGUUAGCAAAUCCACAUACUACAAGCUGUUUGAGGAUGGUGCUGCGCUUGGUAAAGCGGCCGCCGCAGCCGCAAGGGCAGAGCGCGAGGCGGUGGCGGUGGCGGUAGCGGUAGCGGUGGCGGUGGCGGUGGCGAUUACAGCACGCAUGGCAUGGACACCGGGGGGCGGCGCCCCCCUGUCGACCCCCCUGGAACGCGGCGCGAAGUGCAGCAUUAUCAUUGUUGGGAUGAUCAUUACUACCGAUCCCUCGGGCCCCGGGUUCUCUCUUUGACAGGGGGGCGGCGCCCCCCUGUCGGACCCCCCAGGGAUUGAGGGGCAGGUGGAGCAUGGCGGAAGUAUGGUCCCAGGCAAGCUACAUGCAGGCCGACAUUGGGGCGACGUGUGGAAAGGCAGGACUGGAAGGGGUGAAAGCUCUGCCGUGCACAUGGAAAUCGCUUGUGGCACGUGCGGUCCUGCAGCAUCGUGUGGCAAGGUAUGUGAACGGGUGGGUUAUGAAGCAAACCUUGUAGCGGCAGCAACGAAGUCAACUAUGAAGGCAUACGUUAGGAACUUCUAAUUAUGGCACGAGAGCUGUAUGCGCCAGCAGCGUUACUGGAACUGUUCGCGCCGUUAAAAGUAUGCCAGGAGGGUUAGCUAGCGUGUUGUACACUUUGAACUCUGCAACACCAGGUGUAGGAAACGGCCCAGGCUCCACUGCACAGUAGUGGCGCGCCGUGCAGCCUGGUUGCGCUUGCAAUAAGCCUCAACUGCAGCGGGAAUAAUAAUAAUAAUUCAAACGCCGGCCCAUGGGGCCUGGCGUGGAUUAUCGGGGUAAGGUGGCUAGGGCGAGGAGGCCCAUCCCCCUCGCGCUGCCACCUCACCACGCACUCCGAGGAGGUGUGGGGGAGCCGUGGCUCACCCACCUCUCGGUUUGAGUUCCUGCUCGGUUACUCGGCGCAUUUUGAUAAUGCCGCCCGCACUGUUCACAGCGUGUGUGUGGAGCCUCUCUCCGCAUACUCGUGCGGCUGUGUGGGUCACCCCAAGUUGAGAGGUGAGCAGCUUAGUGAGGUUGCAAGGGAUGGCCCCAGUCACUCCGAGCGCAAGGCAUUCAUUGGUGGAGUAGUGGACCGUCCAUCCGGCCGCUUCCAGCAGUCGCUUGAGUUCUUGAUGUUGUUGAGAUUUUUCUUCCCGCUUGUCCAAAUGGCGAACGUCAGAGCUGUAACCGAUUUCAAGGAUAUAGAUGGGCAGCCGUGCUUUGUUCAGGGGCGGGCGGUACCCUUCUCUAUGUGUUUCAUGGGCGGGCAGGUUUGGGAUGAACAGAAUGUCAGGUCUGAGCCUUGUAAUAAGGGGUGAUGAUGUCCUCUCCGCAGCCAGCCAGGCGGGGGGGCGUUGUGCAGACGCAUAGUGUGGCAGGUCGGCUAGCGGGCCCGCGUCCAUGACCAUGAACCCGUUCCCGUAGGUCCCUUUGGAGAUGCAUUUGGCGACACGCUGGACUGCCCAGUUGUGCCGAUUGAUGUACGCGCCUUUCAUUUUAGGGUGUGUGCAGCCUCCGAGGAUGUGCCCGCCGGAGUCAGGGGUGUGGCAGAGGGGGCAGUUGCCGUUCCCUCCCAGGCGGUAGCGCCGUUUAAGCUGUGCGUUGAAGAGGUAGCCGUAGCGGGCGUAGAGUAUUUGCUUGACCAGCCAGGGGUGCCUGGUGGAGCUGGCGAGGGUGCGGUUGCUGAGGGUGGGGCACAUGUUGGCAGAUGCUUCCGCCCAUUGCUCCAGCACUGGUGUAUUAUUGGUAAAGCCUUGUUGUGCUUCGGGGGGCAAUGAGUUCAGGACUCCACGGUUUAGGUCACUUAGGUAGAAAUUGUCAGAGUUGCGUUUGGGCCACCAGAUGUUGGACCACGGUUCGUCUGGUGCUAAGCGUAUGGCCUGCCCCAUGGCCUCCAUGUCAUUGGCGGCGACUUUGGCGGCACCUUUGUCAGCUUCCUCGUUGCCGAGGAGCCCUGUGUGAGAGCGGACUUUCAGCAGCUGGACUGUGACCCCGGCGUCGGCAUACAUUUGUAGCUCGUGGAGUAUGUUUUCCAGCAGGUUUUUAUGCUUGGAUAGUAGGAGUCGUUGUGGUGCAGUAAGGGCUCGGCGGAUCAAGUAGAGAGACACUAGGGAAUCACUGGCUAUGGUUACUUGGGUCAUGCCCAGCAGACAGAGUCGGGGGCGGAUGUAUUCUAACGCAACGAGAAUGGCUGAUAGUUCGGCUCUCUGGAUUGUGUUGGUGCUGUUGAGGCCGCCUGGUUCGACGUAGAUGUGUUCGGUCUGUUGGGACCACGCGCAGGCGCCGAGUUUGUUCAUUUCGUUGCCAUCUUCACCGGCCGCAACUUUGAUGCAAGAUCCGUCGGUCCAAACAAUGGUGGCGGCAUCGUACAGGUAGCUGCUCCGAGUGGGGAAGGCAGCUCGUGUGGUGUAGAGGGCAGAGAGCGUGGGCAUGGGCGUAGGGCAUGUGUCCAGGCCCCGUGCUGCUGGGGCUUGGGGUCUAGUUAGCUGCUUUGCACGGGCUUUUGCACGGUGGCUGUAUGGUCGGCCCGGUGGGGCUGUGCGGUCACGGGGGAGGGUUACGCGCGCGGGCCACUUCAGUGGUUGUCGGCGCCCUGGGGGUUGCGAGGUCGGUGGUGGCACCGCUCCAAGUUCGGCCAGGGAGGUUUGGAGACGUGUCAGGUUGUUGUUGGAGUUGAGUGCUUGUACCCCUGUGGUGUUCGCAAUGAGGAGUAGCUGCAGGCCCUGCUUGCUGCUGGCAGCCUCGUCGGCCGCCCCGAGGCCAUCUAACAUGCUAGAGGCGGAUACGCCAGGCGGAAUCAGGGCCAGGAUGGUGACAUGCGGACUCGCAAGGCACCGGCUGGCGGCGCCUUUGCCUUGUGGGAUAAUCAUGAAGGUAAUGGCGGGGGUGGCCUGGUGUUCUAGGUGUUCGAUCGAUGCUGUUGCCCACGCCAGUGCCUUUGUGCAGGCGUCUGGGUCAGGGUCAGGGUGGGCGAGGGAAAGGCCAUCAAACGGGGCCGUGUACGCAUCAUGUGAGGCCCCGAAGAGGGAGUCAGCUGCGUGUUGGCUGUAAUAUUUAGUGGCC